UGGAUGUGGAUCAUCAGCUGGAGCUCUAUGUGUGUGUGUGUGUGUGUUUGAGGAGUAAUACAGUAUUUGGAGACAUGUGUGCAACAAUGAAGAAAGCCUUGGUGGACAUAUUUGAAGGUCCGAGCGACGAGGAGGAGUUUCUCGGUUUUGAAGGGGCAUCUUCAGGGCAGUUUUCUGAAGAAAGCCGAGACAGUCUCCACUCCCAAACCUCAUGGAAGCCGGUUCUUCGCUUUCGAUCUAAAUUCAUUACGGAUGAGUUGGCUCAGGUCUUCAUGGACACAGACAGUGAAGGGGAGUUUGAAGGUUUUGGUAAAGAGGAGAGCUCUCUCCUUAACAGCUGGAUGAGCCCCAUGGAUUGUGAGCCAGAAGAAGACAGCGAUGACAUUGGUUUUUAUUCAGAUGAUGACGACGACGAUGAUUUGGUCUCAGCAAAAAGGCGGAGCUCAGGAUUGUGCGUUGCGUUCAGGUUUCCCGCCAAAAAAAGCUCCCAGCCUGUGAAGAGAAGCAGAAAGAGGCGAGGAGGUGGUGCCGAUUCUUCUGCUCAGAAGAACAGAAAAGUCGAGAAAAGUUCCAGAGUGCCUGACAGUGACUCUGAGGAAGAGGAGAAGGAGGAAGACAAGCGGGAGAAAGUCAAACUAACCGAGGCAGAUGUACAGAUACUGAGUCAAAGAGCUAAAAACAUUCAGGAGAAUAAAGCAAUGUUGGCAAAGCUAUUUGCAGACUUGACUUCAUUACCUGACCUCUCUGAAAAGACCACGCCUAUGAAAAAGAAAAAGCAGCAGACUCCGAGAAAGCGUCUGUCUGAGGUCCAGGGCGAGAGACGAAACCCGAGCCGCAAAGCCAGACCACCAGAGCAUUUCGGGAUUGAGCAGGAACCGGUUGAAUCUACGAAACCAAGAAAGAGUGUAGAAUUCGAUCUGAAGAAACUGAUGGAGAUUGAUGAAGAGCUGCGAGUGAACAGAGACACGCCAAGAAGGAAAUUCAGAAAGCGAAGUUCUUUACGAAUGCCUGAGGACAUCACGGAGGAAGAGCUGGACAACGUGGCUGAUCGAGCUAAAGACAAAAUACUCGAUAAAGAAAAUGGCAGCACGUGUCACCAGUGCAGACAGAAGACUUUGGACACUAAGACAGAGUGCAGGAACCCGUACUGUCAGGGGGUCAAAGGGCAGUUCUGCGGGCCCUGCUUGCGCAACCGCUAUGGAGAGGACGUCCGUAAAGCUCUGUUAGAUCCGACAUGGGAGUGCCCUCUGUGUCGGGGUAUCUGUAACUGCAGCCUUUGUCGUAAACGGGACGGACGCUGUGCCACCGGUGCUCUUACUCACUUAGCCAAAUAUUACGGCUAUAACAACGUCAAGGAAUAUCUAGAGAGUCUGCAGAAGGACCACGACUGAAAUCAGGCCAGUGUGCGCAUAUGUGCAGGAACCUACUGUAAGACGUCAAAGGAUUAAAAGAAAUGCUGCAUCUGUACAGUACAUGAGACGACCACAGACAGGAAUUCUGAGUAGGUUUGCUCCACUGAUGAGGAAAAACUGAAAACUGUGUAUUUCUAUCGAGCUCUGACACUGGAGUCAUGCAGUAGGCAUGUACACUUUAUCCUGAACCACGAUACGUACCGCCACAGUAGUUUCCCUCUCUGAAGUGUUUAUCAUAUCUGAGACAGAUUUAAACCUGUUUAUUUACAGAUUUAUAUUAAAAUCAAUGUAUAAAUGGUAAAGAUAUCCUCACAAGUGCCCUUAGACAUUCUCACAAGGUUUACUGUGCUUGUAGAGAAGAUGAUAAAGCCUCAUUAUCACCUCUCCUUAGAGACUCAUCACUCACACUAGCGCUCUUUAUUGUUUAUUUUUCUACUUAGUUUGUUUUUGUUUUUAUAAAUAUACUCAUUUUGCAACUGCUCA